AUGGCGGUGGUCUCUACAGAAGUGAAGGCAUGGUGUAUCCAAGAAUUGUUGAAAAUUAGGGACGUCGACGACGAUUUGACGGGGUAUAUUUUGUCACUGAAUACUGCUAGUGAAUUAGAAUCAUAUUUGCGAAGUUUUCUAGAUCUCAAGAAUCGCGAACAUCAGCAAAUUCUGGUGGAAUUUUCCAAUGUAGUGAGGACGGAAACUACGAACACCUCAGAUGCUAGCGAUACUUUUUCUUACUCCCAAAAAUGUUCAGGUGAACUUGGUAAUGGGUUAAAUGAUCCACCUAUUUAUCCAGGAAUACAAACAAAGAAGAAAGCCCCUAAGUUUGUGCCACUGUAUGGGGUAGAGGGACAAUCGCGCACUUCGGUUCUCCUUCCCGGAAGACACCCAUGCGAGUGCUUGGCUCAGAAACACGAUCUGGUCAAUAACUGCACAGAUUGUGGACGGAUUGUCUGUAAACAGGAAGGCUCAGGGCCUUGCUUUUUCUGUGGAGCUUUGGUUUGCACUAAAGAAGAGCAAGAGAUACUGGCGCGGAAUUCAAAAAAGAGUCACAAACUCCACGAGAAACUACUGAAGCAAGGGAUAGAAAACGACUCACGUACAAAAUUAGGCGAAGGCCUACAAAGAGCAAUUGCUCAUAAGAACAGACUCAUAGAGUAUGACAAGAGUGGUGUCCGUCGUACCAAAGUGAUUGAUGAUGAGUGUGAUUACUUUGCUAGUGACACCAAUAAGUGGCUGUCUCAAGAGGAGAGGGAAGUUUUAAAGAAGAAAGAAAACGAAGUGCGGGAAAAGCGUUAUGGUUCACGCAGGCAGAUGAAGGUUACCCUUGACUUUGCAGGUCGAAAGGUUGUUGAUGAGAAUGAACCUGAGGUUGAUUUUGAUGCUGAUUCAUCCGUUCUUGCUUCAGGUUAUUAUAAUUUGGAUAAAAAUACCAAACCACCAAGAGUUGCUAAUCUUAAUUUUCCAAAUGUCUCUUCUUUAAAAUUUGUUUCCUCUGAGAAAGGAGGUAACAAAGUACCUAACUAUGAGGGUGUUUUGGAGAAAAAACAUGGUAAAGAAGUUUUACGUAUCCAGGAUAAGGAAUUCCAAGAGAUGAGUGAUACAGGUGCUUGCUUAAGUAUGCAUCAGCCUUGGGCAUCACUCCUUGUGUUGGGUAUCAAGAGAGUAGAAGGCCGCACAUGGUACAGUGCUCAUCGUGGACGUCUAUGGAUUGCAGCAGCUGCUAAGCAGCCAACUCAACAGGAAAUUGCAGCAGUGGAGAGUAUGUAUAAGACUCUGUAUGGGAAUGAAAAUGUUGUAUUCCCUGAGCAUUACCCUGUAUCAUGUCUACUUGGGUGCGUAGACCUCGUGGAAUGUCUUGCCCAAGAAGAUUACAAGGAAGAGUUCCCUGAGGGUGAGUCUGAAUCUCCUUAUGUCUUUAUCUGUGAGAAUCCUCAGCAACUGGCUUUAAAAUUUCCUGUUAAGGGACAGCAUAAAAUAUGGAAACUUGACCCUGCAAUCCACAAGGCAGCCAAGGGAGGCCUUAGAAAAUCAGCUUGA